AUUUGUGAAACGGUGUAGUCCCACAGGAUAGUCUACACUGAAGCACCAUGCCAGCAAAACCAGCGCCCAUCAAGAAGUCCCCCGCUAAGGCGGCGGCGGCAAAGGAGGAAAAACCCGCGGAGCCUGCGCCUGAGGCUCCCCCUGCCGAGGCAGCACCUGCUGAAGCACCACCUGCAGAAGCACCACCAGCGGAAGCCGCCCCCGCUGAGGCUGCUCCUGCGGAAGCUGCACCAGCAGAGGCUGCCCCUGCCGAAGGAGAGGCUGCACCGGCUGCAGAACCUGCAGCUGAUGCUGCCCCCGCUCCUGCUGCUGAAGAAGCUGCGCCUGCCGAGGCUCCUGCUGACGCUCCCGCCGCUGAAGAGCCUGCUGCUGAAGCUGACGCCCCAGCCGAGGCUGCUGCCGCUCCCGCUGAACCUGCUGCUGAAGAAGGUGCUGCUCCCGCAGCUGAGGCCCCUGCGGCUGAGGCCCCCGCCGAGGCUCCAGCUGAGGACGCCGCUGCUGCUCCUGCUGAGGCGCCUGCUGAGGCUGCUCCUGCUGAGGCUGCACCUGCACCAGUGGAGGAGCCUCCCAAACCUCCCACUCCUCCUCCUCCCCCAGAGCCCACCAGUGCUCCACUGAACCUGACCGUGGAGGAUGUCAACGGCACCUCUGUAACCCUCAAAUGGAAGGAGCCUGAGACCAUUGGUGACUCUGGCCUGGACGGAUACACUGUGGAGUAUUGCAAAGCGGGAGCCGCAGAUUGGGUUGUGGCCAAUGCUGAGCUCACCGUGGCAACCAGUCUAGUUGUUGAAGGUUUGACAGCUGGAGAUGCCCUGAAUAUGCGUGUGGUUGCUGUGAACCCUGGAGGUCGCAGUGAACCCGCUGUUUUGGCUGAGGCUGUUCCUGUUCAUGAUAUUGAGCGCCCUAAGGUCCGCCUUCCACGCUCCUUAAGAACAAGAUAUGUCAGAAGAGUGGGUGCACAGAUCAACCUCGUCAUCCCCUUCCUUGGAAAGCCCAAACCUGAGGUUUCCUGGCUCAAGGAUGGUGAGCCCCUUGACACCAAGAAAGUAGGCAUUCGCAAUAGCGACAGAGACAGCAUCUUGUUCAUCCGUACAUCUGAGAGAGAAGAUUCAGGCAUCUAUGAGAUUACUGUGAAGGUUGACAGCUUUGUUGAUAAGGCUUGCCUAACUCUUCAGAUUGUGGACUUGCCUGGUCCUCCUGCAAGUGUGAAGCUUGUGGACACAUGGGGCUUCAAUGCUGCCCUAGAGUGGACUCCACCCAAAGACAGCGGCAACACAGAAAUCACUGGCUACAAUGUCCAGAAGGCCGACAAGAAAACUGGGGAAUGGUUCACCGUACUGGACCACUACCACAGGCUAAACGCCACCAUCUCCGACCUCAUCAUGGGCAACUCCUACAACUUCCGUGUGUUCUCCGUGAACAAAGUUGGCGUUAGCGAGAAGGCCGUCACAACAAAAGAGGUAGCCACCAUUCAGAAAACAGGUAUCAUCUACGUCCCUACCGAGUACCAGGAGCACGACUUCAGCGAGGCUCCCAAGUUCACCGCAGCCCUCAACGACAGAGCAGCCACUGUGGGCUACACCACCAAACUGCUGUGUUCUGUGCGUGGAUGUCCCAAGCCCAAGAUCGAGUGGUUGAAGAACCAGAUGGUCAUCGGUGAUGAUCCCAAGUAUAGACAGUUGAGCAACCUGGGAGUGUGCUCUCUGGAGAUCCGCAAGCCUUGCAGCUUUGAUGGCGGAGUGUACACCUGCAGGGCCAAGAACGAUAAUGGGGUGGCCACAGUCUCGUGCAAACUGGAGGUCAAACAGGUCAUUAUUCCAGAGAAGUAGACCCAUCCCUACCAGGAAGAUAGAGUAUGUCAUUAGGAUCAGCAGGAGAGCCAUGACUCCAGAAUCCACAUGAAUGUUCCAGAUUGCAGUUGAGAGAAGAGGAAAGGUCUGUAUAUAUAGAGGAAGAAGCCCCGAAGAGACCCCAACUACCUUGAAUAGUUUUUAUUUUUUAAUUUGCCUUCCAUGGCAGAAGUCGCUCCUCACUGCUGUUAGCAUGCUAAUGUUAGACAUAUGAAAGCUAAAACUGCGCAGCAACAUCUCUUUUGCUUACGACCCAAAGGAGCCAUCUAUUUCUAAACAUCUUUUCGUGUUUCCUGACUGUCCUUCAUUUGUCAUUAUCAGUGUAUCAGUGUCAAAUAAAUGAACUGAAUCAAUGCCUAUUUGCUUUGCAAAUGUAUAUGAAAAUGCAUGGAUGUUGUUCAUUAAAGUGUAUCUUAUGACUGUCA